AUGGAUCUUGCGAAGAUUCUCUGUUUGGUUGCAUUGAUUCUGGGGAUCUCAAGCGUUGAAUCGAGGUACAUGGUCUACAAUACUUCACAUACCAUUGUUCCUGGAAAGCUGAAUGUCCAUGUGGUUCCUCAUUCCCACGAUGAUGUUGGUUGGCUCAAGACCGUUGACCAGUACUAUGUUGGCUCUAACAACUCUAUCCAGGUUGCUUGUGUUCAAAAUGUGCUGGAUUCACUUGUUCCUGCACUGUUGGCUGAUAAGAAUCGCAAAUUCAUUUAUGUUGAACAGGCGUUUUUUCAGCGAUGGUGGAGAGAACAAAGUGAGGAAAUCAAGCGUAUAGUGAAGGAACUUAUACGCUCAGGCCAACUAGAGCUCAUAAAUGGUGGUAUGUGUAUGCAUGAUGAAGCAGCACCACACUAUAUAGACAUGAUUGAUCAGACGACUCUCGGGCAUCGGUUCAUUGUCAGAGAGUUCAAUGUGACUCCAAGGAUCGGUUGGCAGAUUGAUCCUUUUGGACAUUCGGCAGUGCAGGCUUACUUGCUAGGUGCAGAAGUGGGGUUUGACUCAGUCUUUUUUGGUCGGAUUGAUUACCAAGAUAGAGAGAAGCGUUUUAAGGACAAGACUCUUGAAGUUAUCUGGCGAGGCUCUAAGAGUUUUGGCUCUUCUUCACAGAUUUUCGCCGGUGCUUUCCCUAAGAACUACGAACCUCCACCUGGUGGCUUCUAUUAUGAAAUCAUCGAUGAUUCUCCCGUUGUCCAGGAUGAUCCCGACCUGUUUGAUUACAAUGUUCAAGAACGAGUGAAUGCUUUUGUAGCUGCAGCUUUGGAUCAGGCCAACAUUACUCGAACGAAUCACAUCAUGUUUACCAUGGGAACAGAUUUCAGGUACCAGUAUGCGCACACCUGGUUUCGACAAAUGGACAAGCUUCUUCAUUAUGUUAACCUUGAUGGGCGUGUCAAUGUUCUCUACUCUACUCCUUCAAUAUAUACAGAUGCAAAACACGCGGCAAAUGAGGCUUGGCCCCUGAAAACAGAGGACUAUUUCCCUUAUGCAGACCGUAUAAAUGGUUACUGGACUGGAUAUUUCACAAGUAGGCCAGCACUUAAGCGUUAUGUCAGAGUGAUGAGUGCCUAUUACUUGGCGGCAAGGCAACUUGAGUUUUUCAAAGGGAGAAACGAGAAGGGUCCGAAUACAGAUUCGUUAGCAGAUGCGCUAGCAAUUGCUCAACAUCAUGACGCUGUUUCCGGUACAUCUCAACAGCAUGUGGCUAAUGAUUAUGCCAAAAGACUAGCAAUAGGCUAUGUAGAGGCUGAGAGUGUGGUUGCCACUUCUUUUGCUCAUCUGACUAAAGCAGAUCCUGCCUUGAAGCCAACCUUUCAACAGUGUUUGCUGCUGAACAUAAGUUACUGCCCGGCAAGCGAAACUGACGUAUCCAACGGGAAAAGUUUGGUCGUAUUGGCUUAUAACCCACUUGGAUGGAAGCGAGUGGACAUUGUCCGGCUUCCUGUUGUGGAUGGAGGCAUUGCGGUGCAUGACUCUGAGGGCCACGAAGUUGAGUCUCAGCUCAUUCCAUUUACGGAUGAAUAUGUGGCCUUAAGGAACUAUCAUGUAGAGGCAUACUUAGGUCACAGCCCUACACAGGUGCCUAAGUAUUGGCUUGUGUUUUCGGUUUCUGUGCCUCCUCUUGGCUUCACUACUUACACUAUCUCCACUGCUAAGAAAACAGGUGGACAUUCUAGCAAAUCACAUGUCUCCAGGUUCCAAAAAGGUGAAAAGUCGAUGAUCGACGUUGGUCAUGGGCAUCUGAAGCUUAGUUUUUCCACUGAUCAAGGAACAGCAAUCAAUUAUUCUAACAGCAGAACCUUGAUGACAGAACCACUCAAACAGACAUAUAGCUACUACUCUGGAUACAAUGGAACAAAUGACAAAGCACCUCAGAACUCGGGUGCAUAUGUUUUCCGUCCAAAUGGCACAUACCCCAUCAACCCGGAAGGACAGGUUCCUUUGACUGUUAUACGUGGGCCACUGGUGGAUGAAGUUCAUCAACAGAUAAAUCCAUGGAUAUCUCAGGUCACUAGGGUUUACAAGGGCAAGGAGCAUGUGGAAGUUGAAUUUAUUGUUGGUAGUAUACCGAUUGAUGAUGGAGUUGGCAAAGAGGUCGUAACACAGAUCUCAAGUUCCCUGAAAAGCAAUAAAACUUUCUACACAGAUUCAAGUGGACGUGAUUACAUCAAAAGGAUCCGCGAUUAUAGGUCAGACUGGAAACUAGAAGUCAACCAACCUGUUGCAGGAAAUUACUACCCGAUAAAUCAUGGAAUUUACAUGCAAGACAGUGAGAAGGAAUUCUCAGUGAUGGUGGACAGAUCCUUUGGAGGGUCGAGCAUAGUGGACGGACAAGUUGAGCUUAUGCUUCAUAGGAGACUGCUCCUUGACGACUCCAGAGGUGUAGCGGAGGCUCUAAACGAGACAGUGUGUGUUCAACACAAGUGUACGGGGCUAACUAUCCAAGGAAAAUAUUACUACAGAAUCGAUCCUUAUGGAGAAGGUGCAAAAUGGCGGCGAACUUUUGGACAAGAGGUCUACUCGCCACUCCUCUUGGCCUUUGCUCAACAGGAUGAUGGAAAGCCGCUGAGUUUUGGUGCAGCAUCAUUCUCUGGGUUUGAUUCAUCCUACAGUUUGCCUGACAAUGUCGCACUUCUCACUCUUCAGGAACUGGAUGAUGGGAACGUGCUCCUGCGUCUAGCUCAUCUUUAUGAGGUGGGAGAGGACAAGGAACUUUCAGGAGUGGCAAGCGUGCAGCUGAAGAAGCUGUUCCCUGGAAAAAAGAUAGCGAAGCUGACUGAGAUGAGCCUAUCAGCAAAUCAAGAAAGAAGCGUGAUGGAGAAGAAGAGGCUGGUGUGGAAAGUAGAAGGCGAAGGAUCUAAUGGAGAAGAUAAGAAGGCUAAGAGGGGCAGAGAAAUCGAUCCAAGAAAGCUGGAGAUGGAGCUUUACCCGAUGGAGAUUAGAACAGUGCUGAUCCGCUUGGCGCAACCACCAUCUCACUCCCACAUUUACAGAUUCGAUGCUUGA